AUGGCUGCCCUGUCGGCCGCCCUCGCGCUGCUGGCAUCAACCGCCUUGGCCGGACCCAGCAAUGAGCACCUCCAUGUGGAGUCAUCCACCGACCGCUGCUCGUCCGCAAGCGCCCUGGCUUUUAUGCAGGGCCUCUACCCACCAUUCCCACACGUGUCAUGCGACUCGGACGUCCCUGGGCAUAAUUGGAUGUCUAACGGCUCGGUCCUGAACUAUCCCAUGGGUGGGUACCAGUACCCUAACAUCAGGACUGUCGCCCCUGACCGUGACCCGGACUCAAUCUGGACCCAUGGUCAUGAUCUAUGCCGCAAGCACGAGCAGUCGAUGCUUAUGUUUUCGGACAACAGCUUGGCUGGUUCGCUCCAUCAUGGUAGCAGGUUAUUCUACGGCAGCCUCUGGGACAAAGUGUUUUGCGAAGCAUUCCCCCGCUCGCAAGCCAACUUUUACAAUGCCCACGAGCUAUACGACUACGCCAUGUAUCGCUGGAACCACGAGAACUCACGAUCAGCCAUAACCUCGAAUGACCUGAAGACAUUGCGGCAUCUUGCGUGGCAGGAGCAGGCACUCAGACAUGGUCACUCGGCCAAUAACACUCAGAACGACUUGACCUCGGCGAUCGCCGGCCGCACGCUCGCCUCCAGGGUCGCGGCCCUGUUUGCCGAAAACAUUGAGACCCGGGGUGAACGGAACAAGUUAAAUCUCGCCUUCACUUCCCACGAACCUUUUCUGAGUUUUUUUGCCCUGGCAGACCUCAACACCGGAACCUCUAGUCACUUAUUCUCGCAGCUCCCUGAACCCGGUGCGACGUUAACCUUUGAGUUGUUCUCGGUAGAUGAGACGGUUGAUUCGCACGAACCCGAACCUUCCACCAUCUCUGAUAACUAUAACUCUGAUUCCUCUAGCAACGACACAUGCAGUCAGAGCAGCUCGUACGGCAAGACACCGGGACCCUGCAGUGCCAAAACCCGCCGUAGCUGUGACGACGACUGCACAACCACCUGCGACCAGGAAAGCACGGGGGCCUACUCCAUUCAGUUACCUCCUCAAGAACCCCUAUAUGUCCCGCCCUCAGUCCACCACAACCCACCCUACCCCCCGACCGACAAGCUCUACGUCCGCUUCCUCUACCAAACUAACGACCGCAACAACAGCACCGCCGCGAACGAAUACACCGCCUGUCCUCUCUUUGGCAACACCCACACUUUGAUGCCCUUCAGGCACUUCAACGCGACCAUGGCAGCCAUCGGCAUCGCCAACGCGACGAGCUGGUGUCAUGUGUGUGAGAGCACCAACACGGUAUUUUUCUGCAAGGGCGCUGUCGUGCCCCACGACGGGCACCACCAUAUACUUGCCGUGCUGCUCGGGUCGGCAGGCACGCUGCUCGCAGUGGCCGUCGUGUUGACAAUUGUUGGGCUUCUGACAUGA